AUGUGGAUUGGUGCACGAGUCGCAGCGUCGGUGCUGGUUGCGGCCAUGCUGCUCGUCACGCCGCCUGCCAAUGACGUGCUGAGGCGUGCAGCGUGCAUCAUCAACGAUGAAGGCGUGCAUUGCAGGGCUCAUGAUAGCGGACCUCCGCCGAGUAGUACCAGUGCGCACGCGCGGGGUGCUCAGCUGCUGCAGCGAGAAUUGGGACUUGCGCCGCCAGACCGAUCUGUCGCAGCCAAGACUGUUCCUGCUGGCACGAGCAUCAAUGAUGACGAUAUGCCUGGUCGAGUUGCCAGCCUGAAGACGCCAGCUGGCUUCUCUGCAGAUGCUGAAUCUGCUUCCACCUCGAACUCUGCGUCAACGAGUCAUCUACCGCCACCGCCACCACCACCGGCAGCAGCAAGCUCAGAAGAAGGACCGUCAAGCAAUAGCGAGGAUACCGAGGAAGCUUCUCCCGUUCGAGCUGCACGCGGAUCGGUCCAGCUUUGCAACCCCAUUGCAGAUGCAACUCGGCGCGAACCGCGUCUCCGAUUUUACUUUCCAACCGCACCCCACGGAGUCAUGCUCAUGCAGCAUGUCCGGAGACGAGCGUUUCAAUCGGGUCGCUUUGAGCCAGAGCCAGGCAUUUUCCGCAACGCAGAUGACGCGCUCGAUAUUGAUAUUGUGCUGCGUGUUCCGCCAUUCCCCAACAACCGCUCGAAUGCAGCUGGACUGCAGCAGUUCCAGUGGAAAGCGAGUUCGGACGAUUUGGCAUCUGGAACAGCGCAGCUACAGUAUUGGCAGUUGAACGAACGCGUCGCAGCCGCCGUUCCCGUCCUGACACCUUCAUCACCCGAUCGCGUGCACGUUGAGCCGUCUGGCGUUUGCUUCAACUGCAUGAUGAAGCGCUCGGAGGCAACACUCGUUGGAGCUUUGUCGACCCCCGCGCUCAGACGCCAGUUUCCUCGAUUUGAGCGAACCUCUGUGGAAAACUCGUUCUACCGGCUCGCAGAAAUCAACCACGAAACAAACGUUACUUUCAGCGAUGUGCUCGCCCGUGAGGCUGAGCGCCAUGAGGCAGCCGUUGAGACUGGCAAGCCUUCAUUGCGCCGCUUGAUUUGUCACGCUUUGCCGAGUUUCAAGUUUUGCCGCACAGAGGUGGCUUGGCCAUCUCCUGUUGCCGACUCCCGCCGAAACCAAGGAAGCGAGAGCGACGAACAAGCUUUGGCAAACAGCAGGCCACACAGCUCCAGGCGACUACCCGUGUUAGUUCAGCCAGAGUCCGCGCCGCUAUUGUCGCGAUAUGUCAUGUCGUCGCUCGCAUGGUCAGCCGGCGCAAGGCUGGUGCACACUGCAACGUUUGUCGCCUUCUCGGCCGCCUAUCGCCUGGAAGUUUCGCCGCUCACAGCAUUCCUCCCUGUCGAUUCGGCCCCAUUCGUGACGUCCGUUGAGUUUGGUCACAAGGUCGAAAUUGCAGUCCAGAUCCAUGCACCUCUAUCCACGCUGCUAGCUUCAUUGCCCGCCUGGACCCUUGUUGUGCCCGAUCUGCCAGAGUACUCAGCGAAUGCCGCCUCGCGUGGUAGAGCAAUGUCUCCAGAUGAAAUUCUGGUUGACGUUUUGACCCGAUCCCUUUCGCGUGAUGCGGAUGCGCUGGAACAAUUCUCAUUGCUGUGUCAAGGCUGCGACGUGUCCGCAAACCUGUCGUUCGUUGCAUGGAAUGACAAGAAACAGCCAACGAACAAGCUGGACACUUGCCAGGCGUAUCUUGCGUCGUCUGGCGGCGAUUUGCAAAGGCUGGCCGAAAUGCCAGUCUCUCUCGCGACAAUGGGAAGGCAGACUGCUUGCGCAGUGGCCGUCAGCGACGUCUCGCUUGCAGAUCUUGCCACCUACGUUCAACUCUUGCUCCAUUCCAGCCAGUCACAACGCAAACAGCUUCCUGCGCAAGUCAUCUCGGUCACCGUCGCCGAAACUAGGGACAGCGGAUUGCUUGUGUCCACCCUCGCCGUUUCGACGACCACCUGCAUGUUGGGUGGGCUGGGUUCGCCGCGGUCGUUGAUCAGCAACAUGUUCUUCCACAACUUGCUCGCAUCCUUCAACGUGCUCUUACUGGGCUUUGUGCUGUAUCUCUUUGGCGGGUACUUGCUUGCGCAAUUGGCACGCACGAGCACUCGUGUCCGGGGCAUCCUGGCUCCUCGAGGCGCGUCUGUUAUUCAAGUCAUCCCGGCCAUGCCAACGUUCUACUUUAUCACGUUGCGUCCGCUGUCCCGGUUUUUCUCCCAAUUGUUUGACGGGUCGGCACCGACCAAUCUGGAGGAUGCAGAACGCCGUCAACGCGCACGGGUUGAAAUGGAGCGUCGGAAUCAGCCACAGGCUCACGUCAACCCAUUGGAAGUGCUUGUCCGAGACCCUGCCAUUCUUGUUCAUGCUGCAGUGGUUGCGGAUGUUGCAGUUGAAGCACCUUCUAUCGACAAUGGAGCCGUCAGCGCGAAUAGCGGCACUACUAAUGAACUCCCAGAAUCGAACGCAGCGCCGCGGAAUGACAAUGAUGCUACGUCACACAACGAGACAGCCUCGGUGCUUGAGUCGGAUGUGGUAGCAGUCGCUCCUGCAGCCGAGCACGCACUCCAAGUCUCCGAAGCUGAUCCUCGUUCCUUGCCAUCGAAUCGCUCAAACCCACCCGACUCGCCGGCUCUAGCAAUCAUUCGCCAUUAUGGUCCGUCGCUCACUCCUCGUCAGCGACCGCAGAGCCCUCAGGACUUGGAGCUCGAUUAAGAAUAAUAAUAGAAGUGUUGUGCAAAAAAAAGUAAUGAAUGUGUACACUAGCAACCACACAACGGGGAAAGGAAAGGGAAAAAACAAUAGAACGAGACAAAACCAACA